AUGGAUGACAACACACGUGCGGCGGCUCCGGUUGAAGCUGAAACAAGAACAGUCCAGCACCCAUCUGUUGUAGAGCGGUAUUUUACUCCAAGAUACAAACCUGAUGUGAAGAAAGUUCCUGGAGAAGACCAGUGUGUUCUGGUACACUCAAAUAGGAUUUGUGUGGUGACGGUCGCCAGGUGUCACCCUAUCCUGUCACAGCACAAGACAGUCUGCACAGUGAACUUCCAGGUGGACAAGAAGACAAAUAGAAUGGACAACAAGGUGACUGGGAAGGGGAAAAAGGGUGGUCAGUGGCUGACAGAAUUGUCUGCUUUGUGUCAUGUGACAUGUUCUGACCAAUCCACAUACACCUUGUACAGCUGCAUACGAGGACAUCUGGUGGAGAUAAAUGAGAACCUGGUCAGAACUCCUGGCCUGCUGACACAGAAGCCUGAUACAGAUGGUUAUAUCGCCAUAGUGUUGCCAAGACUGCAUGAAUUUCAAGACCAAGUUGGGAGAUUGUUAACUUUAGAGCAGUACCAACAUGUCCUCAAACAGAGACAGUCACAACAACAGAGGCUAGACACACAGGGCACAAAUAAACAACAGCAAUCACAAACUGUGGUGCAGAAAUCUUCCGCAGCAGCCAUGAGGCCAGCAGACAGUGGUUCCAGUAAAUGUGCAACUGCUGAAAGUCAACAAGUUGGUUGA